AUGGCAGAGAUGAGGCCCGGCGUGGUCAUGGCAGCUGCGGGGUGGGAGCACGUGGCGCUGGCCUGGGCGAGCCUCCGGACCCUCAGGGAGUUGGGCUGCCAGUGGCCCAUUGAGCUCUGGCACCUCGGGCCCGGCAGCAUCACGCCGGAGGUCGCGGCGCUGUUCAGCUCCCAGCUUGACGUGGUGCCCGUGGACGCCCACGCGGCCACGCAGGCUGCCCGGCUGGAGAGCCUGAACAUGCCAGGCCUCGCGCCCCCACACAGGCGGGAGGCCGAGGUGCACUGUCUCAAAGGUGACCCGCUGGCGUAUGUCUUGCCGCCCGUGGCGGUGCAUCUCAGCAACCUCACGCACAUCUUGCUCAUGUUCCCUGACUGGGUGGCCUACGAGAACGUCUGCGCGCUCUCCACCUGGAGCAUGCCCAGCGGGUCCAGCGCGUUCUUCCACGCGGGGAGCGCGCGCGUGCAAGACCUGGCGUACUAUCCGCGGGCCUGGUCGUCGCUCGGGAUCCCCGAGCUUCUCAACGACGAGUGGGAGGUGGACGAGUCGGCCCUUUUCCUGGACAAGUCCCGAUGCCCAUCUGGUGCUUCCACGGUCCUGGAGCUGGUUUCCAGCAACGCGGCGCACGCGCGGGAAGGCUGGAACGUCUCGGGCCUCCUUCCGUGCGGCACCAACGCCUACUGGCGGCCAGCUUGGGAGUUGGCAGGUUGUGCCUGGCACUUCUCGCAGUUCCUUCCCGCCCUGGUGGGUUGGAACACGAAGGUCCCCGCGGACGACCCGACCUUCCUGGGCGGCGGACGUGGUGCCCGGGACACCCACGAUGGCCGCUUGCUUGGAGUACAUUUCCAGUGGGCAAAGUACUACUGGCUGAGCAGGCCCUCCCCGCAGGUUCCCAUACUCGUGGACAGGGCAAUGCUGGACAUGGAUGCGACCUUGGACACAGAAGUUCCGAGAUUGACCGUCCUGGGCUUUGCGAACUAUCCGCACUUCCACUUCGUACAGUACGAGAACUGCAGCCGAUGCUCCCUGAGAAACGUGCCGGAGCUGAUCUCCGGAUCUUGGCGCUUCUGGCUGGAGACCUGGUCAAGCGCCUGGAGAGAGGCCUUUACAAUGGUGGCCAGCUGCCCCGAGGACGAUCAGGAGUGCUGGUCGCAGGUGUGCCCCCCGAGGCCCUGCACGCUCAUCGGCGUUCCAUCUCGACACAACGUGGCAGACCAUGAGGCGACCUCAGAUGAAAUGUCUGACAAAGAUGCAGAGAGGAGCAAGGUGCCGAAAGCGCUUUGGGAGGAGUCCUCCGUCGAACGCGCAGAACGUGCACGCCCGUCCGCGUCGCCGCCCCCAUUGCCUGGCAGCUUCGGCGAGCUCUGGGCCAAUGCGGGAUUUGCCAGAGUUCAGCGCUGGAGGCAACUCUUCGCGUUCUGCUGUGAGCCUCUUGACUCACAAUCCGUGAGCGCUACUGGCCCGACUGAAUCAGGACGUGAUUUGGAGGGCUGUGAUGCAAGUCGGCCCAGCACGACGGUGAGUGCACACCUCUUGGAGAUCGUCGAGCUCUUUGCCUCGUGGGCCGCUCUGAUCGUGACUGCCGUCGAUGUGCGAGGUGGAGAGGCUGACCAGCUCACUGCUGUGGAGUUGAGAGAACACCUGGCCGCAGACCUGCAGCUGGGUCUGGCGGAGCGAUUGCGGUCCAGGGACUUGCCUGCCCUGGAGCCAGAGUUGGCCCGGUUUUGGCAGGUCUUCGAAGCUUACGCUCCCAGCGUCCUUGCGGCCCUGCUAGCUGAUACUUUGGACCCCGGAGAGCUCGCGGCUGCUGUCUAUGAGUUCGGCGGGCAGACGACCCUGUGGCUCAGCCUUCUCCAUGGCGCCCAGAUGGAGGCAGAUGCUUGCACCUUGGGCGCGCCCCUGCCGCCAAGGCCGGCGCGACCGGCCAGCUUGGCGGCGGGACUGGGCCACCUGCCGCAUCUGGCCCUCAUCGGGCUCACGAAGCUCACGCAGGAGGCAGCCGAGGAAGCCGCGGCCCCGCGCCGCGGCGUCGAAGUGGGCACAAGAGUUGGCCUCUUUGCGGAGCUGCGGGCAGACGCGGACUUGGAGCUGCUGGUGGUGGACGCCUGGGAGCACGUCACGGACUCCUACAAGCAGCAUCCCACCGAGAGGGAAGAGAACGACUUCGCGUCGAACGCGUCCGCCGAGGCAGCUUGGAGGCGACUGUCGCCCCUGCGUCCUCGCAUUCACCUCAUGACCGGCGACAGCCUCGCGGCCAGCUCUUGGAUCAAAGAGGGCUCCCUGGACCUGGUGUUUCUGGAUGCUGACCACAGCUACGAGGCCGUGAAAGCCGACCUUGCUGCGUGGGCGCCCAAGCUGAAACCGGGAGGCUUGCUCAGUGGACAUGACUACAACAGCGCCUUCCCCGGGGUCGUCCAGGCCGUGCGGGAGUUCAUGGCAGCGGGAAACCGCGAGUUUUGGUUGGGACCCGAGCUCCUGGGAAGUGGCUCGGGGCACAUCAUGGGCCGGCCAAGUGCCAAGAUCAGGGAAGAUGAGAGUCACGCAUCUGGCCUAAGUAGCCAAUACUCCAACGCUACGCCGUCCUUGCGCUUCUGCAAUUGCCAGGGCCGAGCGGAUUGCCAGUCACAGGUGUUGGUGCGGCUAUCCGGCAUUGCUACGGGUCCAGAACCCUGGAUACACGGGAAUGUCAUGGAGAUUAACGUUUCAGAAGAUCUUUGGUCCUCGCGCCGUUUCCACGUUCAAGAGGACUCGUCCGAGUUUAUCGAGCCCACGGGGGUAGCAGCGUAUGCAUUCAUCUCAGAAGGCAUGGGUCUUGGCACCUUAGCAUCGGGUGUCUACGCCACUCUGGCCGGCUACGUGGGCGAAUCGGGAUCCUACCCGCUGGACCUCGUGCGUUUCGUCACGAGCUCGCCUGGAACAGGAUUCCAGACGUCGGAGAUAUCCGAAAUCCAUGCCUGCAAGCAGAAUGAUGAGAAGGCUCCGUAUGUGGGAGAAGGGGAUGCUGAUGGCAACGAGUUCGACAACUUGUUCGGUCAGGAUGCACCCAACGUCAGUGACGGGCCAGGAGCACCGUACCAGCCUCCUACGGAGGUCUUCUGUGGCAAGGAGCUUACAAUCAGCCCUCGUCGGGCCAAAGUGAGCAUCUAUGGCUAUACGUGGGGGAGCAAGUGGGCAGACGACAUCAGUGGCCAGUAUUUCUUCUACCGCGUGCGCCUCUGCUUUCACCGCAUCCAAAACUGGUACAUCAACCAAGCACAGCGCGGGGAAGGUAUUCUGGGCACGGACCAGCAAGUGGAGGUCUUGGACUUCCAGCAGGACGGUGGUGGGACUUUCGCCUACUGGCUUCCGAAGUUCUACUGGACAGGCAACCACUUGAACUGCACCUUCGGCGAUCUCCUCUGGGGCUUCCCGAAGUGGGAUUGCCCGAUGGGCAAGUUCGGCGCCGUUCAUGUCACUGCAACCGAUGCAGGCGCUGCCUGCAGCGGAGAGGGAACUGAGGGCGUGGUCUUGAACAUCGGAUUCGACCUGGACCAUGUCGGGACGAAGGACAGAUGGUUCAUGUACAGCAUGGAGGUGAACUUAUCGGGCUCCGUGACCUUCGCCGUGGUCGGUGCGGCGGAGCGUCUCAAGCCGCUGCUGCUCGCCCCUGUGUGCCUUGUGCUCCUGUUCCUCCAGCUCUGA